AUGCUCGUCACCAUCUUCUGUGGUAUAGCCACAUCGGUCAUCUUUCUUGCCCUGAGAAUAUAUACCAUUCUGCCAUCCAGGAGUAAGUCUGGUCAUCGUUCAGUCAAACAAAAUCCAAAUUCGACAUGUUCGAUAGCUGUAUUCUUAGGAUCAGGGGGUCAUACGAGUGAAAUGCGAUCACUAGUUUCGACUUUACCCUUCGAACGUUAUCAACCUAGAACGUACAUAUAUUGUCACGGCGACGAGAUGUCAUUGAGAUCGAUAUCAAACCUCGAAAGCGGGAAAGGAACCAUAAUCAAUGAGUCUUCAUACAACCUUCUUCCAUUACCCCGAGCAAGGAAAGUUGCGGAACCGUUAUCGUCCACCAUGAUUUCAGCAUCAAAAACACUUUUCGCAUCUUUAUGGAUUAUGUUCCUAUUCCCUUUGCUGCAAAACCCUGGUAGACCUUUUGCAGAUGUGUUACUGAUCAAUGGACCUGGAACUUGCGUCGUAUUGGUAUUGGUAUCUUGGAUAAGAAGAAUCCUUGGACUUUCACACACCAAGAUAAUAUAUGUUGAAUCGCUCGCUAGGGUAAAAUCGCUGUCAUUGAGUGGGAAACUGGUCAGACCAUUUGUCGAUAAAUUCAUAGUACAGUGGCCUGAGGCUGGAGGAAAAGGAGAUAAAGCAGCUGAAUGCAAAGGUUGGCUUGUAUGA